GACUCGAGUGUAAAGGACUGCAUUGACGGAGUCAAGGGUGAAAUAUCACGGUGAGCUCUCAAAUUAAGUCAAUGCUGCCUUAUUGCUGAUCACGAGAGAAAAGCAUGGGAAGUGAAUUGACUCAACUACACGACUUGACCAAAGAAUGCCGCGCAAAUGAUGGCGGCUAUAUGACGAACCUAACCGAGCAACUCCAAAGGGUCACAAGUCAGAUUGCGAGCGAAUCGACGCUGGUCGAGGGAAUUUCCAGGAAUACGGAGCAUUUCGGCGGACUGAGAGAAACCCUUGCGCGCCUGUUACCUUUGACUGAUCAAUUGAACUGUUCUAUUGACGCAUUGAAGGACAACGAAGCAAGGCUUUGCGGCCAAAUGAAGCAACUCGAAGCCGACCUGGGUGAUGCGCGGACUCUCAAGAAUGCUGAAUCUGCUGCACUUGAACUCACGCGUCACGAGUUGGAGAAAGCUCAAGUAGAGGACAGGAUGCAGAAAGUGGUGGCGGAGUCGGAAGUCAUGGCAGAGGAAUUGAGAGCAAAGGAUCUCGAGAACAAAUCCAUUCAAUCUUCCCUGCUUAAGGCAGAAUCACGAACUCAAGAGGUAGAAUCUUGUGUCAUGCAGCUCGAAUCGGAAGUUGUCACCCUGAGAGAUGCAGUCAAGAAGAAGGAGAACCAAGUCCGAGAGGAGUUGGGUCGGGCCAGUGUCAUCGCUCGGGAGCAGAUAAAGGCCAGAUACGAACAGCAACACCGCGAUCUGUUGAAAGAGAAAGCCGAUCUAGCACAAUCAGUGGAUCUUCUUCAAAAGCAGCUUGACGAUACCAAGUCAACAUUCGUAAGAUGCCCUUUCCCAACUUCUCAGUCAUGUGAGCUAAAAAUUGACAGGAUGAGUUCAAAAAUACACGAGACAAAGAACAUGCCGCUCAAGGUGUCCUUGUGAGUGGCCUGUAUGACGACUAGCCGGGCGAGUUCUAAUUAUUUAUAGCUUGAUUCGAAGGCAAAGGAAGUUGAAGAGUUGACUUGUCGUGAAUCCGAGACGGCCACUAAAUUAGCCGAGCAAGAGCAAGAGCUGACAAGACUGGCGGAACAGACAGCU